UGCUAGCUUGGCGCAGGUCCGCUAACUUCUGUGUGGUCACCCAGGCGAAGCAUGAGGUCCUCUGGGUUGUCCGUUUUUCCUUAAUAACGUUUACGCGAAAUGAUGCAAAUAUUAAAAUUGACGAUAUCUGCUGCUUCAUGACUUUACGGUCAUUUGGAUCGGGAACACCAGCGUCUGCGGAAAAGCGAACUCUUCUCUACACCUUAGCCUUCGACCAGCAUCUUGUAUUAGUGGUAGCUACGAUGUGGAUGUAAGGAAAAAAAACUGGCGUCGAUAAACUUACACUGACAUUAUUAUCAGGGCAUUUUAAUGGCUAUAGCCCUGUUUCUAUCUAAUACCUCCAUGCUAUUUCGAUAGCCUUUUCAACUCUGCGCCGUGGGGAACCGCUAUAUUUUCUUGGCGGAAAUAACAGUCGGCAUCCACAGCUCUGUACUUCACAUCCGAAUAUGUCUUUCUUCAAUUUUCGGAAGAUAUUCAAGUUAGGGCCGGAUAAGAAGAAGAAGCAGUACGAACAUGUACACAGAGACGUCAAUCCAGAGGAAAUUUGGGAGAUUAUUGGGGAACUAGGAGAUGGAGCUUUUGGGAAAGUGUACAAGGCUCAGAACAAACAGAAUGCAACCCUUGCUGCUGCCAAAGUUAUUGACACAAAAACAGAAGAUGAAUUGGAAGAUUACAUGGUGGAAAUUGACAUUCUGGCUUCCUGCAAUCACCAUCAUAUUGUCAAACUGCUGGACGCUUUUUAUUUUGAAGGCAAACUUUGGAUUCUGAUUGAGUUCUGUGCGGGUGGUGCAGUGGAUGCCAUCAUGCUGGAACUGGAGAGGCCCCUUACAGAACCCCAGAUCCGCGUGGUGUGUAAACAGACCUUGGAGGCCCUGUGUUACUUGCACGAGAACAAGAUCAUCCACAGAGACUUGAAAGCUGGGAACAUUCUCCUCUCCUUGGAAGGAGAUGUGAAACUGGCCGACUUUGGGGUGUCUGCUAAAAAUACCAAGACAUUACAGAGACGGGAUUCUUUCAUUGGCACUCCAUAUUGGAUGGCCCCAGAGGUGGUAAUGUGCGAAACUUCUAAGGACCGCCCAUAUGACUACAAGGCCGACAUCUGGUCCCUCGGGGUAACCCUGAUCGAGCUGGCGCAGAUUGAGCCGCCCAACCACGAGAUGAAUCCCAUGAGAGUGCUGCUGAAAAUAGCCAAGUCCGAGCCGCCCACACUCAUGCAUCCUUCUCGCUGGUCUCCAGAAUUCAAUGACUUCCUCCGUAGAGCCCUUGAUAAGAAUGUGGACAAUAGGUGGAGCGCACCACAACUUCUGCAGCAUCCAUUUGUCUGCACUGCUUGUCAUAACAAACCUCUCAGAGAGCUCAUUGCUGAAGCCAAAGCUGAAGUUACAGAGGAGAUUGAAGAAGGCAAAGAGGAGGAGGAGGAAGAAGAACCUGAUACCUCUCUGGGGCAGACUGUCCCUGGACACAAGCGUGCACCAUCAGAUGCCAGCGUAGCCAGUUCAGAGGAUGACAAAGUUCUACCAGCUGUUGCUGCUCUGGAGUCUGUUGCAGAGAAGAAGGAGGUUGAGCCUGCUGAGGACAGGACCAGCGAUAAGCUCUCUGAUGAAGGUCUGGGAACUAGUGAGGUGGACAAGACUGAGGAAGAGAAACUUAAUGAAGUGUCUGAUGUCAGUAAUGAAGACCUGGCCACUGGCCCAGUGGAACCAGCCAAAGAACUUGUCUGUAAGGAGCCAACAGAACCUAAACCAGAAGAUGGCCAAGGUAUGGAGAUUUCCUCUGAACUUACAGAAUCACAACCAGAAGAAGCUUUAGCCACAGUAGAAACUCAAGAGUCUGUGACAACCGGUCAAAAAACAGAGGAAGAAGAAGAUGAGACAAAGAAAGAAACAGCAGAGCAUGAACCUCCUCAAGUAACUGAAGAUGUGAGAGAAGCUGAAGAUGAGAGGAAAGAAGAAGAAAAAGCACCAGCUGCAGAAGAAACUGAGACAACUGGACAGUUUAUUGAAUCCAGAGAAUCACAGGAACAACCACCAGAAAUACCAGUAGAACCAGAGGUGUUAUCAGGACAGGUAGAGCAGAAAGAAGAAAUCAAGCAGCCAGAUGAGGAGCAUCCUCAGCAAAGACUGACAGAUGACACAGAGUUAGAUACUGGUAAUCUAACUAACAAUGAAGAACCUGAUUUAGAAUUAAGCCAAAUUGUCACUUCAGAUUCAGUCGUCACAGAGGAUGCUGACACAAAGUUAAAUGUAGAUGAGUCAUCUGCAGGAGUUUUGGUGGAUGAGGAGAGCCAAAAAAGUACACCUAUUGAGAUAACAGAGGACGAAACGGAGGCUAAGGCUCCAGAAGAGGCAGAACAGUCAGAAGAGAACCAGGCUGAAGAGGUUGUAGAGGUGGAUGGAAAAGCACAAACUGAAUCCACACAUGGAAUCAACGAUGGAGGCAAAGACAUCUGUGAGGAUUCUGAACCAGUGGAGCCGCCUAAGGAUGUCCCACUUACAGGAGAGGAGGAGAAAAUUAUUAGUGUUGAUGAGAGCAAUUCUCAAGAUGCUGUUUCUGUCCCCGAGAGUGAAACUGACUCAGAAACCAAGACUGAUCAGGGAAGUCCUGCUGUACUCAAACCAGAAGUGGAGAAGGAUUCAGAUUCUGGAAGUAGCUCUGCUGCUGAUACCAACAGCCUUGACCUUAAUCUGUCCAUCUCCAGCUUCCUGUCCAAGAGCAAAGAAGGGGGCUCUGUGUCUGUGCAGGAUUCAAAACGUCAGAAAAAGACUCUAAAGAAGACACGCAAGUUUAUAGUGGAUGGUGUGGAGGUUAGUGUAACUACAUCAAAGAUAGUCACAGACAACGACACCAAGAGUGAAGAGAUGAGGUUCCUCAGGCGGCAGGAGUUGAGAGAGCUGCGUCUCCUGCAGAAAGAGGAGCAAAGGGCUCAGCAGCAGCUGAGUAACAAACUGCAGCAGCAGAGAGAGCAGAUCUACCGCCGCUUUGAACAGGAAACUACUGCCAAAAAACGUCAGUAUGACCAAGAAGUGGAGAACUUGGAAAAAAAGCAAAAGCAGACGAUUGAACGUCUGGAACACGAUCACACCAGCUGGCUCAGGGAUGAGGCCAAACGCAUCAAGGCAGACCAAGACAAGGAGCUCUCCAAGUUCCAAAAUAUGAUGAAGAACCGGAAGAAGGAGGCCAAACAGGAAGUUGGACAAUCACCCAGACACAUGAGAAAAGAGCUCAUGAAACGCUUAAAGGAGGACCUGUCGCUCCUUAAGAGUGCAGAGGAGCAGGAAUUCUUACAGAAGCAGCAACAAGAGCUGGAUGGAGCUCUGAAGAAGAUCAUCCAGCAGCAUAAAGUGGAAAUAGCCACUAUUGAGAGAGACUGCCUCAACCACAAGCAGCAGAUGAUGCGAGCUAGAGAAGCUGCCAUGUGGGAGUUGGAGGAGCGCCACCUGCAGGAGAAGCACCAGCAGCUUAAGCAACAGCUGAAGGACCAGUACUUCCUGCAGAGACACCAGCUGCUUAAGAGGCAUGAGAAGGAAAUGGAGCAGAUGCAGCGCUACAACCAACGGUUGAUUGAGGAGAUGAAGAACAAACAAACACAAGAAAGGGUUCGUCUGCCCAAAAUCCAGCGCAGCGAGGCCAAGACCCGCAUGGCAAUGUAUAAAAAAAGCCUCCGUAUCACUGCUACAGCAGCGGUUACCCAGGAGCAGGAGAGAGAACGGAUAAAACAGUUUGCUUCCCAGGAAGAUAAGAGGCAGAAGAACGAGAGGCUCCAUCAACACCAGAAACAUGAGAACCAGAUGAGGGAUCUACAGCUGCAGUGUGACUCUAACAUCAGGGAGCUGCAGCAGCUGCAGAAUGAGAAAUGUCACCUGCUGAUUGAACACGAGACCCAGAAGCUGAAGGAGCUGGAUGAGGAGCACAGCCAAGAGAUAAAGGAGUGGAGAGAGAAGCUGAGACCCCGUAAAAAGGCACUGGAAGAAGAGUUCACAAGGAAGCUGCAGGAACAGGAGGUGUUCUUCAAAAUGAGCGGUGAAUCAGAAUGCCUUAACCCCACCACCCAGAGCCGAGUAUCCAAAUUUUAUCCCAUCCCACACCUGCAUAACUCCGGUUUAUAGCCUCCCGUCGGCGUCGGACAAGGCUGCGGGUACAAGACUCUUCCUGCUUGAGUGAGAAACAUUUUUCUGACCGUUACUGAUAACCAUGAAAAUGUCCUCAAGGCUUUGAUUCCACCGUUUGUGAGCAUGACGUGCCUAACCCGAGUACACACACACACAAACACACCACUCCCUCACGUAAUCAGGCUCUCUAGGCUUGUUGGGAAAUGUCCAAAGGGGCAGUAUGCACUUUUCUGAGCAUGUUCAACAUUAAUAAACCUGCAGUAGGUAGCUGAGGCCAACUGUGCUUGUCAGAUGAAUUGUUAGCGCUGCCUGCUACUGAAUGAAUGAUCUCCAGUGCCUCAUAUGUUAUGUUUUGGUUUUUAUUCAAUGCAUUUAGGCUCUGGCCUGUGUUUUUUGUUUUUUUUUUUUGUUUUUUUUACAGCUAGCAGUAAUUAAAUUUAUCUCUGAAUGUUUUGCACUUAAAAAUUGUUAUCAUUUCUUCUCAUAAUUAAAGUGUGGCUAAAUCAUUUUAAUUAUUAAUCAAGCCAGCUGUUUCAUGGGACAUAUCCUGAUGAUGGACUUCAAAGAGUGGUUUCAUACAAGGAUUCAGUGUUGUCAUGGAGAAAAAUGACGCCAUAGUGAGACGAUCAGAUGUACUGUGUUGUAAAUGAUCCGCUGAUAAAAUGUUACAUGUGUAUUCCUACAUAUUAAGUUUAAUCAGAUACUGUGAUGAAGAUUUUAUACUUGAGGGGUAAAUCAACAAAAUUAUCCGUUGCUGUAGUUGAUUAUUUGAUUUUAUUGCUGUACCCAGAACACAUUCAUUCCCCUGUUGAUUUUUAUUCUAUUAGAGAGGGUUUUUUUAAUUAUCUAUAUAAUAAAUCUUUUUUUUUUGUUUGUUUGUUUUUUUUUAGAGUUGCUUUGAACAGCCUUCUCAUGAACAAAUGUUUUUAUGUUACCCAUGAAGAUACUUAAGGAAUGUAAUGCUGUUGAUUUGCACUGUUUCGCCACAUGAGCUAAAAAAAAAAAAAAUAAUAUGCAGUACGUUAACUGUCAUGUGUCUUUGACAGCGAGUCACCUUUCUUUCACGCCUGCCUACUCAAACUGCAAAGCGACUGAAUUCUGAAAUAUAUUGCCUGCUUCAUUUUAUCACUUACAAUUUAACCUUUUUUCCCCUUAAAUAAGCCCUUAGUAUUUUAUGACCACAUUUAGUUUUGUAAACAUGUAUUACUAAUGUAUUCAGGCUGUCAUUGCUGUUUUAUGACGGGCUUCUGCUCUUUUUGAGACCAGUGUUGUAUGAAAGGUCUAAUGCUGUAUCUGUAACUCCAUAGGUGUAUGAACUGUGUGAAGAGGUGUCCACUGUAUUUUAUGAGCAAAGCGAGGAUCCACACAAACCAGUCAUUCAAGAGGGAGUUUAUUUUGCCACUGCAUAUCAACAGUGCAUGUUCUAAUUACUGUGGGCUCAACAUUGUGUUUUUUUUUUUUCCCAUAAAGAUGACGACAAAAUGUCAUGAAUGCUGGAUUUUUAUUGGGGUUAAUGGAGACUGUGUCUGUGAAUUACACCAUUGGCCCCAUAGAUUAAAAUAUUUUUUUAUUUUGUUAAGUUACAGCAUUUCUGAAGUGUUGAUAUCAUUCGACCACAAUGAAUAUUCUUAGUAUAUGCAUUUUUGAUGUCGGAUUAAAUGUAUUUAAGCUGUCUUUAUAAAUGGACGUUUUUGUUGUAAAUAAAAAUACUGACUGUUAAUUUGCCA